GUACAGGAAUCAGAAUGGAUCAAAUUUCACCUGAAGCCCAUGGAUGGUCUAUUCUUCAGAAGCUGAAUGAACAAAAAUCCAUGGGGCUUUUUUGUGAUGUCUCGUUAAUGGUGGAAGGUAAAAUAUUUCUUGCCCACAAAAAUGUCCUUUCUGCAUGCAGUGAAUACUUUUAUGCAGCACUGAGCAGGAAUGAGCAGCAGCAAUUCCUGGUUCUUGACAAUGUUUGCUUAGAAGGCUUUAGUCAUCUUCUGGACUUCAUAUACUCGUACAAAAUCCCCUCAUGUCAUGUACAAGACUUUAUGCAGGCUGCCCAAGUCCUUCAAGUUAGCUUGCCACUCACAAUUGAAGUUGUCAAUGUUUCCAGCAGCCCGCACACUAAUGCUCCAAAGGAGGAAAUUUGCAUUCCAGAUGAGGAUUACGAUGUUCCUGACCAAAACUUAGAGAUAAGAGAAAUUGAGAGCCAGCCAUUAAAAAGAAAUCAUGAUGAUAACAUUUCUGGCGUCAACAGUUCAAUCUAUAGUGAAGAGAGAAGAAGAUUUGAGACCGUAUCCCAGCUGAAAGACAAAGCCAAAAUGUUCAAAAAACCUACAUUUUAUAAAGAUUCCUUUUCCAUCAGAAACCCAAACUACUUUAUCAGCAAACAAAUCGGCAAAAGUGCAAGGAUGGGAAGAGGAAACCCUGAAGAACCUCGAGAAAGUUCCUUCCACAACCCUGCUUUUGCUAGGCAGAUGCCUAUUACAAUUCACAAUGAUGGAUCUUCAGAGGAAGCAGAUGAUGAGGCAGCUGACAUUUGCAUUAAUUUAUGUGAUGAGCAAGAUACCCCUGAUAUUUUGUCGUCUCACACCAUUAAUGAUAUGAGAAUGCAGAAAGAAACUGUUAAGCCUAAAAUUUAUUCAACAAUUGUUGGUUUGCAGGGUGGUGGAGUAUUGGAACGAGUGGACAGUGAAGAAAGACAUUCAGAAGUGGUACACAAAUGUGAUAGGUGUGAUCUUCUACUUACCUACUCAGAGUACCUCAAUCACCAAGAUGAUCCAGGAGUGAACUUGCUUCAUUGUAACUUCUGUGAAAAGCAGUUCAAUUACAGGUAAUAAUUACUCUAUAACUAAACACUUGGUUAAAAGGACACUUCAUACCCCUAAAGAUCUUCAGCUUGUGCUGAAGUGCUUUUGUGUGAAGUGUGUGUUUUUCAAUUCUACACGAAGGGCAGAGUCCUAUGGAAAUUAGAACUUUUAUAAAUACGCACACACACACUCUUUAUCUCAGCAAAUUCCCAGAGCACUUGCGUUGCAUUGAUUUUUUUUAUUGAGCUGCAUUGGGAAGUCUGUGAUUGAACAGCUACAGAAUGUCUGUUCAGGGUUAGGAGGGGAGGGUUUUCAAAUAAUUCAUACAAGGGAACUGUAGCUUUUGCAAGCUGUUUUUAGAAGUACCCCCCAAUUAAAAAAAAAAGAAAACACAAAAACAUAAUUAAAUGCAUGCAGGUUUUCAUUGGCGCUAUAUCCACUAAACAUUUUUAUAUUUAAUUACGUAUGUAUUUGGGCAGUGGAGUAUCUCUUUAAAGCCAAAUGUAAACACAGCCUGUAAUAUUGAUGCAAAUUAGACUAAUGUCCAACAUCAGGAGGUAUGAGACCAGGAUGUGAGUGGGAAGACCUUUUGGCAUGUUUGGGUGGGCCUUGCCUUGGAAAUGGCCUGUCAUGUAGAUCGUGCUGCUGAAACACUUUUGCAUGUUGUGUUGGUGUUUGAUUGUAUGCAUAUGCACUGCUGCAUACGUACAUGUUUACACACACACACACACACGCACAUACCUUGACAAAGAUACAUACUGAUAGAUACACUUUGACACACACACUCUCAUACAUACAUACACACACACACACACACACACACAAUCUGACAUACUCAUAGACACAUACAUGUUAUCAUUUAAAAAAAUAUCUUUAUUUGAGUUUUGUUUUUUCACAUAGAAGAGAAAUAGAGAUGGAAGAACUUAAAGCAUAUGUUAUAACCUUGGUCACAUGUAUUCUGCAUUGGUGACAUGUUAUAAUUUUUAUAUUUGCAGCCACCCUCCUGUUAGCUUACCUUUUGUGUGCAGGAGGGGUGCUUGCCUGAGGUCCUGAUGGCUGAGGCUGAUUGGAGUGAGUGUGAAGCUCACUCUUGAUUCUCUUCCAACAGCUGCUGCCUGUGCCACCGCCUUCUCCCUCCCUCGUGGCCUUAUAUUUAAGCUGGGAGGAAGUGACUGGCUUUCACUUCUACCCAGCUGGCCAAAAUCACAGGGGCCCAGCUACAGCGCCCAACCAUGCCCCUGUCCAGCAAUACAGAAAUAAUAACUAUCGGGUGGCCCUAAGUCCAUGGACCCCCAAAGCGUCCAAAAGCACUGGCUGCUCCGGCAGCAGCACUGGCUGCACCUAGCUGAUGGCGCUAUUUCAUGCUGACUCAUGGCCAUUUGACUUUUAUUUGUUGGGUAACUAGCUAAUGUGCUAGAUAUCCAUUCCAGUUGUUAAGCGGCACUGUCACUCCCUGCCACUCUCAUGGGAAAAAAAAUUGUAUUUCAUAAAGAUAGAAUCUUUAUGAAAUACUCAUAUUGUUGGAUUUUCGCUGAAGGGAAUUGGCUUUGUUUAUGGAGGAUCUUGUAGGAUCCUCUAUAGACCUCAGGGCUGUACUCUCGUGCAUGUGCAAGAGAUCAGCAGUGACGUUUCUCUGAAUGAGCUGAAGAGGAUACAGCCGGGGACAGGUUCAGGUAAAUAGAAUUCACCUUUGCCUGUCCCACCGAACCCCCAAAGGCAAUGUCACCAUCAGGGGGUCCUUGCAAACUCUGCAAAGUCACCAGAGCUGAGAGUUCCGCUUAAUCUCCUGCACAUAGGUUUUUGACCUUUAACGCUAACUCAGAAGACCCCUUUGUUGCUUGAUUUGAUAUAACCAUGUUAUAUUACUGGAUUACAAUAACUGGUGCCCAUUACACAUUACAAUACUCCAGCAUUAUAAUAUGUAUUUAUUCAUAAAGCUGGAGUUUUCCUUUAACAUUGGCUGUUAAACAAAGUAGAGUGUUACUACCUUUUGAGCGGUUUUGUUACAAAGCGUAUUUCUUUAUUCUGCUCCUCAUUUAGUUGCCAGCUUGCUCUGCACCAGUCCAGCCACCUUGACAAGAAGUUCUACCAGUGUGAGCAAUGUGGGAAGGAGCUAAGUACCCUCAAGAAAUUGCAUGAUCACAUUGCGUACCACUCGGAUGCCAGACCCCACAAAUGCCGACUUUGUGAUAAAGCCUACAAGGUGAAAAGUAAGUACUCUGAUAACUUGCUGCAGUAGUUUAUGUUUGCCUUAUGUUUGUCUACAUGUUUAAAACUGCAUAAAUAUUGUCGGGAAGUGUGAGGGGAUAAUUUUAGAGACUUUGCAAUUUGGUUCCUUGUGCAAAAAAAAUAAUUCCAUUAAAGGACCACUAUAUGCACCCAGACCACUUCAGCUUAAUGAAGUGGUCUGGGUGCCAGGUCCAUCUAGUGUUAACCCUGCAGCUGUAAACAUAGCAGUUUCAGAGAAACUGAGAAAACCAGUCUCUAGUGGCUGUCUCACAGUGAGAAGACGCCAGCGUCCAUAGGAAAGCAUUGAGAAUGCUUUCCUACGGACUGACUGCGCGAGCGGCUCUUGCUGUGCAUGUACAUUCAGCCGAUGACGUCCAAAGGUGGAGGAGAGUCCCCAGCGCCAAGGGAGCCCGGCACUGGAGAAAGGUUAGUGAUUAACCCCUUCCUCCAACUUCAGCCCGGCGGGAGGGGGGCCAUGAGGGUGGGGGCACCCUCAAGGCACUAUAGUGCCAGGAAAACUAGUUUGUUUUCCUGGCACUAUAGUGGUCCUUUAAUAGCUUAGUGGAAUACAGUUUGAGAAUAACAUUUCUAAAACAUUGGUUACUUAAUAGCACAUAUUUGUGCAUUCUCUGUUUUUCUUUGGCAAAGAUUCUCCAAGUUGACCUGUCCACUUUCUUGUAAUGCACAAGAAGAAAGGAGAAAAAGUAGAUGUAUUUAUCUGAAGCUUUCCCUCCUCUUCACUGCCAUCUUCAAGUUCAGCUUUUAAAGGAACACACCAGGCACCAUAACAACGUCAUCCCCGAUCAGCUGACUAUAAGCAACAUCCAGUUUGAGGCGUUCUGAUUGAAGCCUUUGACUGAAAAGGAAGUGAAAGGGUUGAGCCAAGGGGUGCCUUAUUAAAGACUUUAGGGAUAAAGGGUACCUGUCAUGACAAAUACAACUUAAUUUUAAAUGAUAAAGAAUCAAAUUUAAUCUAUACAUUGCGCUAGCAAAUGUCUAGAUUUCUCUAAAAUCAGAGGUUAAAAAACAGAAGAUCGCAGUCUCACCAUAUGUGUUUUGAGCUUCAAAAAAUAAUGAAAACCUUUAUGGAAAAGGGCCUUUGAAGUACUAUCAGAACUGGUUGGAGAAAAUUUUCCAUUUUAACAUAAGAAAAUUUUACAACUUAAAACGGAUAUUUAAUAAUUCAGCUCAUGGCUACAAAAAUUGUAAUCUCAAGAUAUUGGCUACAGCAAGAAAUUGCUACCUGGGUCCAUGUUCUAACACCGCUCAAAUAUCAAUAUAAUAUGGAAAGGGGUAUUUAGUUUCAAAAUUAAAAUAAUCCUAGCUUUGAGAAAAGAUGGUCGCGCUGGUUAAACUCCCUGAUACAACUUUGACCCAAAGAACCCACUCUAUUAUGGGUCUUUCCCUACACUUAUCGUAUACAUUCGUGCAUUAAAUCUCUGGCCUGACCACUGCCCAAAUCCACUCUGUUAUAUUUCGUCUUUUUUUUUGUCUCGUUUGUCUGUUUUCUUUAGUGCAUAACUAUUUAAUAUAUAUUUUUGAAUUCAGAAAAUGCUUUGUAUAGUCUUAUGUAAAAAUCAUGUAAUUAAAAAUAAAGAAGUCAUAGAAAAAAACAAAAACAGUCCUUUCUCCCUCUUCUCAGUCAGUUCAGGUAAGAAGCUGUACAUGUUUGUUACUCUCCUCUUGGUGUCUCUCCUGCUUGCAUUUGGCCUAAAGGAAAGCAAUGUCUGCAAGAAAAAUAAGGAUGAAGGACCAGGCUCUUUGUGAAAGCAGCACUAGUAGCAUCACAGAUAGAGGAGAUAAUCAGCCAGAAUAAUUUAUUGCAGCAGCUCUGGACAGGCAAUCUGAGAAUGGGGAGAGAGAACUGAUAUGUUUUAUUUAAACAAAGCCGAAGACUUUUAACCUGUUUUGGGAAACUAGUCUAAGCUUCCAAACCAUUGGUAUGCAAUAGAGGUGUGUCUUACAGCAAGUGUAUCACCCACUGAAAACAAGAUUAAUACUUUCAUCUAAUAACAUGGUAAUGGAGAUACAUUAAAAAAAUAGUUUUUAAUAGUUUCAAGGAAGAAACACUUAAUUGUAUAAUAUGAUAAAACUGCAAACAUAUAUCUGUUAUGAUAGACUUAUUUUAACAGUUUAAUCUCUUGAGGUAAACUGGCCCCAACGACCUCCUCACACAAUAACCAUUUCAUUAUGAUUAAUGUAGAGAUGAGAACGUUUGUAGUUCUUCAGAAGUAUCUGUAUUCCUGCAUUAUGUUUAAUAAAAGUUAUCUGAUAAUGAUCAAAAUCUAAAUAAUAAGUUUAGGGAGGGGCGUGGCCUAGACUCCAGCACGGAUGGUCGCAUGAAAGCUGAGCUCCGCAAGUAACUGAAUGUAAACGACAAAACUCGGCAGAAAUAACAGAGACAAUGGCAUCAAAAAAGCAGCGCAAUACAGCGGGAAUACCUGCCACUACCUCUGCUUCUUCUAAAUCAUCCCUACAGAGAUUUUUCUCUGAGCAAGCGGAGUCGGUGCAGAGCGCCAAAAUGGCACCUCAGACCGGUACACGUGGCAGCCGACUGACAAGCCUGUUGACCUCAUAGUGCUCCAUUGAGGAUAUUGACCUCCGGUCACUCAUCACAAAACUCCCAGACAUUUCUGCCAUAUUUCAGAGAUUGGAAGACAGCAUUGGGAAAAACACCUGGGUGACAGAGUGCAGGCCCUGGAGGAUGAUGGUGAAGUGGCAGAACAGCAAUGGUCUGAAUGCCACACCACUCAGAAUCUACACGUGGAAGCUAUUUUAUAUUUACAAAAGAAGCUGGAGGAUGUAGACAACAGAGGGCGGCGGAACAAUCUGCGGGUGAGGGGCAUCCCUGAAAGCAUGGAGGGAACCACAGAGGACCCUAUACAGGUACUAACAAGAUCCUCUCUAGGCCUCUGGACACAGCCAUUAGGUUUGACAAAGCCCACAGAGCAACCAGGCCUCGAAACCUGCCGCAAGCUAAGCCGUGCGACCUUAUAUGUCAUAUCCAUAACUUCCCACUGAAGGAAGAGAUCUACCGGAGGGGCCCGUCAAACCAGUGAAUUACAACAUGAGGGCCACAGAGUGGCCAUUUACCAGGACCUCUACCCAGCAACGCUUCUAGCCAAGAGAGCACUCCGGCCUAUCACCCAAUUUCUAAUGGACAAACAUAUAAAAUUCAGCUGGACUUUCCCUUUCGCCCUGGUGGUGACACAGCAAGGAAAAACCUACUCUAUCAGCAAACCAAUGAAGGUACCGGACUUCCUGCACUCCUUGGGCCUUCCACCCACCGAGUCUCUCAAACAACUACCUCAAAGUUACAGGUGGCAAAGAACACCGAAAAAACGCAGAAGACAAGUCCCACAUGGUACCGAACACCCCUCCACACCUAGAGCCAAGGUUGCAUUAAGACUCUCUUAAGGGUGGAAGCAUAUAUCCUUUGCGCUAAGUUAACUUGCGAAAUGGGGUACCCUCAGGUCCCCACUGUUUUAAUAUGUGAUGCCGUUGGUUUCUGACUCCAUUUUAGUAUAAUUGCUUGCGCCAAAGUAAACGUCGAUAAUAUUUUAAUCUGAAAAAUGUAAGGUUUUCAGGGGCCUACGCUCCGGGUACAGUUCAUGCGGUAUAGAUCGCGCUCAUGCCGGUGGUAUUCGCAAGAUCCGUGGCACUACCAAUGUGUCAGAAGCAACCAUUCAAUUCCCCUUACGGUAACUGGGCCCCCUACCCCCUAAGAGGUGCCCCCAACUACUUGUGGAUACAACCACGUCUCCUACAGGUUUGGCAUCAUUCUCUCUGUCAGUAUGAAUAAUUUAGAUCAUACUUAUGUGUAUAGUUUUUGUUCUUUGUCUGCCUACAGUUUGUUCUUUGUCCGCCUAUAGACGUGGGGCCAUCAAUACAGCGAUAACUCUAUCACGAACCCAAAAUGGCCCAAGUUAAAGGGACACUCCAGGCACCCAGACCACUUCUGCCCAUUGGAGUGGUCUGGGUGCCAACUCCCACUACCCUUAACCCUGCAAGUGUAAUUAUUGCAGUUUUUUUUAUAAACUGCAAUAAUUACCUUGCAGGGUUAACUCCACCUCUAGUGGCUGUCUAGUAGACAGCCACUAGAGGACACUUCCUUGUCCAUAGCACAGAAAAAACACGCUGUGUGAGGACCUCCAGCGUCGCUCAAUUCUCCAUAGGAAAGCAUUGAAAAGCAUUUUCAAUGCUUUCCUAUGGAGAGCUCUAAUGCGGGGAUUGGGAGGUGAGAGGGAGAGGGGACCUGCAGUGCCAGGAAAACAGAUUGUUUUCCUGGCACUGAAGAGUCCCUUUAACCUACUGUCAUUACAUGAAAGAGGCCUCAAUACCCCAGAAAAGCGUACCAUGAUGACACAAGAAUUAGAUAGACAAAAAGCAGAUAUAACGUUCAUCCAAGAGACCCAUUAUAAGGGAGAAUUUCAACCUCGACUCAGAUCUAAAUAUAUAUUAAAAAGACAUACUGUAGCAACUACAGCAAGGGGAAAAAUAGGGGAGUAGCCAUACUGAUGUUGUCAUGCAUUGCCUUCACAGAGCUUGACACCAAGAUAGACCCCGGGGGGAGGAUGUUGUUCGUCAAGGGGAAGGUAAAUAACCAGCUAAUUACCGUGGCGAAUGUAUAUGCUCCGAAUAUGGAUCAAGCAGCCUUUGCUUGCUCAUGCCUGAGAAAACUGGAAAGGUGUUCAGAGGGGAUUCUUAUGUGGGGGGGUGAUUGAAAUAUGGUACAUGACCAUGCAGUAGACUGCUCAUCCAAGGCCAAAGACAACAAGUCCACCAAAGAUCGUUGUUUCACGACACAUUACAGUCACAACAACUAAUGGACUGCUGGAGACUGCUACAUCCACAGGACAGGGAUUACACAUUCUAUUCCAUCGCAGCGGGCAGUUACUCCAGAAUAGAUAUGUUCCUCAUUGGCCAUAGACACCUCCAUUUGGUACAAGGAGCAUCCAUAGGUAAUAUCACCUGGACCGACCACGCCCCUAUAUUUCUGACUAUAAACACACAAGGUGACGCUAGACCCAACACCAACUGGCGCCUGAACGAGCCUCUCCUGGCUGACCUUCGGGCAGUGGAUGAUCUUCACACAUUGAAUAGGUACUUUGAAGAGAAUAAUACACCUGACACUACAGUCCCUUGGGUAUGUGAUGCAUAUAAGGGAGUCAAUAGGGGAAUCCUGAUUAAAUGGGGAUCGAGGCUUAAAAGAGAGUGCACAUCCAAGAUCCAAUCCCUCAUUACAACCAUUGACGAUUUGGAGACCAUGCAUAAACAGACCCCAACACGAGAUAACUUUCAAUACCUAACAGCGCACAGGGGGGCAUUAUGGUCCCUAUUAGCCAUAAAAGCACAUAGAGCAGUCCAACUGACAAGAAGCUCCUUUUAUGCACAUGGUAAUAAUAGUGGAAAGCUACUGGCAAGGGCCCUGAAGUCGAAACUCCAAAAGCCUUUUAUAGCCAAGAUAUUAAAUAGCAAGGGUCAGCAGUGCAACACCACAGAGAACAUAGCCUCCACAUUUAGGUACUUCUACCAUAACCUUUACAAUCUUCCACCCCCGACCUGUAACCCCCUGGACCUACGGGAAUUCAUUACCUCAAACCUCACAAUCCCUAGCGUAACACCAUUCUCUAUAGAAGAAAUCUCCGUAGCAGUUAAAACUAUCCCCAAGGGCAAAAGCCCAGGACCUGAUAGUCUGACGACAUGUUACUACCAAACCUUUCAGUCUACCUUGGCACCACACCUCCUUAAGACUAUAAAUUGUCUGACCCCUGACUCCCGCACCCACCCCUCCAAUGCUGAAAGCCUCAAUCACUAUCCUCCUCAAACCAGGGAAGGACCCCAUGGUGUGCGGUAGCUACAGACCGAUAUCCCUCAUUAACCUAGUUCUCAAGCUGAUAGCCAAACUUAUAGCCAAUAGGCUCAAGCCCCUUCUGCCUGGACUGAUCCACCCUGACCAAGCUGGGUCUGUGCCGGGCCGCAAAGCCAGGGACAACACCACCAAAAUCAUGAGCAUACUCCAUGGGGCGACUACCACGAAAACACCAACGCUGCUCCUGGCGAUUGAUGCCGAGAAGGUGUUUGACAGGGUGGAUUGGUCCUAUUUCUUUACCACACUGGAGGCAUUAGGGCUUAGGCCGAAGUUGCAAAACUGGAUCCAGGCACUAUAUAGAGGGCCUGCAGCCAGUGUUGGUGUUAAUGAACAACAGUCCAGCACAUUCAUAAUCCGCAACGGCCCACACCAGGGUUUCCCCCUUUCCCCUCUUGUGUUUGUUCUUGCCAUGGAACCUUUCCUCACGGCACUUUGAAACAAUAACAAGAUCUGGGGAUGCAAGUACCCGGGGGAGAGGUUAAAGUCUCAGCCUUCGCGGAUGAUGUCUUGCUCACAAUCACCGAUCCACUGCGCACCCUACCGCCAGUCCAAAUUGAAUUAGAGAAAUUCGGACCGUAUGCUCCAAACAAGCUCUGUAGAACAGCAAGAGAUCCAAUUCCAGCAAAAAUGGAUGAGAGGUCUACACAUCCAUAUGUCCAACCAAGACUGGACACACCUACUUGAGUCAGGUAUUAAAGCCCCGGUCAGUAUUUCCAGGAAAGAGGCCUUCUAUAAGAGGGUCACCAGAUAGUAUAGAUCCUCUGUAUAGCUUCAUACUUAAAGGCCUGCAGUGAGUGAUAAAUGAUGGAGAUGCAGUAGGGAACAGGGAGAUAUGGAACACCUGGUGGCAGUGCCAGGAUAUUUCCCCCUUCUGGCAGCAGGUAUUAGCAGAUGUUACAAUGAUCAUCUCCUUGAAAGCCUGCCUAACACUAUCCCAAGUCUUCCUAGGUUGGCCUAACUCCACAAGCGAGAAACCCAAACAACAACUACUGAACAUAAUGCUGGGGGAAGCAAAUGCCCUCAUCCGGUAUACUGGCAAAAGACAUGUAUUCCCAAUAGAGAACAGUGGGUGCAGAGGGUGGAGAGAGUGAGGGAGCUGGAGGAAAUGCACUGGUCAACAUUAGGGUAAAGGGAUAAAUACUUAGGCACAUGGAUACCCUCGAUAAGACAUUGGAAAGACACGCCUUAGAGACUCCAAGUUGUUAACGAGGGGGGCCUCAAUCCUGAGAAGAUACGUAACCACACCAUUACUAACACAGAUAAAAGAUGGAAUAGCAGAGAUCCUACCCAGUAGCAGACUUAGGCAAAUCCCUGCCCCCUCCCCCAUCCUAAUCCAACCAGCAGGAGUCACACAAUCUAGGUAUAGAGGCAUUGUAAGACAUAUACCUUUGAACAAAGACCAGAGAUUGAAGCAGACCCAACCUAACCAGGGGCGGUAUAGCCACACUUAGGAGUACCCCACCAGUUGCAUAUAGGAGGGAGAGCGUCCACCAGAGAGGGGAGACGGAUAGUCGAACGCACUUAAGAACUUUCAUUGAACAAAAUAACUGCUGACUGUGAAAUGCUAGAUGGAUGGUUGGUCACGUAUCCAAUUUACCUCUGUGUUAAGACCUGAAUAGAAUGUAAAAGCCUUAUGAUGUUUUACUGUUAAAAUGACAACAUGCUACCUCCCCUAUUUUCUUCUGUAUCCCAUUUACAUGUUGAUAUUUAAAAUAAUAAAAACUAAUUUUAAAUUAAAAAUAAUAAUAAGCUUAGGGAGUUUGAAAGAUAAGAUGAAAAAAAUAUUGAAAAUAAACACUAAAAAAUUAAUAACCAUUUUGUUCACUGUCUUUGUCUAUAAUAAUUUCUGCAAAGCUAGUGCAACAAAAAAAAAUAGCUCGAAAGUUUUAGGAAAAUACUUGUCCUAAAACGGUCAACAAUUUACUGAAAUAUAAGAUAUUUAACAUUUACAACUAAUAAGUGAAUUAUUAGUUGUAAAUGUUAAAUAUCUCAUAUUUCAGUAAAUUGUUGACCGUUUUAGGACAAGUAUUUUAACGAAUGAAUUAUAGUUUUAAAGCUUAAAGUGACACACCUGUCAGUGUAGGCUUUUUACUGUAAACACUGCAUUUUCAGAGAAAAUCCUUUAAAUCAUAGUAAAUAAUAUAAAUCAAGCAUGUCAAACUCAAAGGCUAGACGGGUUUAAGUUCAUGUGGGGCGCAAAAACAAACAAACGUUAAAUAUUCAUAUAAACUUAGGUUUGUUUUAAAAAGUACAGUAUAAAAAAAAAGCAGCAUCCCUCUGUACUAAUUCAAUACCCCCUCCCCCCCCGUACUAAAUCCCAGCACCGCCCUCUGGGAAACCCCAGCCCUUGUUUAAAAAAAACAAACAAAACACAAUAUUAGCCAACAAGCAGACUCCACUCACAUUGCCACUUCCAGUAUGCGACUCUGGAGUCCAGCCUGUGGUAUACCCCCAAUAGCGCUGUCCACAUCCUGUGCCAAACGGAUCCUCCUGCUACUCCUUGAAAACCUGUGAAGGUGGAGCACGUUAACGUCACGUCAGAAUGUGGCGUUGCAUGCCCGCCAGGUUCUUCUCUUGGGAGCUCACUCUUCUUGCUCCUCACUGCUCCUGUGCGCGCAGUUUAGUGAUGACAUAUUCCAGCACCCGGCUUCACUUCAGACGGAGCGCGCAAGGGAGCAGUGAGGAGCCGCCAGAGACCUCUCCCCUGGACGGGUAAAUGAGCAGAGUAGGCACCUGCAAUGUGGGGAGAGCAGGUGCCUACUCUGCUUUAGUAAGCAUGUCAAGCUCCCGGGCCGCAAAAAUAUUCAUUGUGGGCCGCGAGUUUGACAUGCUUGAUAUAAAUGAAAAUUGCAAUGGAACACACAACAAAGGGAAAAUUACACAAUUGCCAUCUUGAUCCGGCAGGUCCUCUUCGCAGCCGAUGUCAUUAUGCGCAAGAGUACUGUAUUGAGGUCUAUAGAGAAUCCUGCUAGACCACGGGGUCUUCCAUAGACACAGCCAAUUUCCUGUUGGCAUUGUCACUUGAUAUCCGCCCUGAGUCUAAGAAAGUCAGGUGGAGGAGAAAUACAGACAUGGUAGUCCAUACUUUGUCUCUUUAUAUCUCUUGACUGGGUUGGUAUUUCAGUUAAAUUCAAACAGUCCACAUAAGUGUUUUAUAAAGAUUCUACUUUUAUGAAAUACUCAUUUUUCAGUUAAUGGAGAGUGGGGCAUGACCGUACCACUUUAAUGCAAGCUUUGCCUUUUGCCAACAACAGGAAAAAGGUAAAUUUGAGGUGACAAAGCAACUUAAAGGCAAGCUUGGUUUUGUGUAUUUUUACAUACACAGGCUUGUUGUUUUUGUGUUUGUUUUUCUUAAUAAGAUGGCAUAUAGCAACUGUGAUAUUAUUAAUCAGGAACUUGAACCAUACAAAACUGUUCACAAAUGCCCAUAUGGCCAUAAUUUAACAUUAACCAGACCAAAAAAGUCAGACUGGGUGGAGUCAUGUCAUAUGUGUUAUGUGUGUAAUGUUUGAUGCACCACAGUAUUUUAAUUUGCACAAUUAUUUAAUUUGUUAUUUUUCUGUAACUGAUGCCUAUUUUUUGGCAUGCAGCCAUAUAUUUCAAAUCUUUGCUUUACACAUUUAUUUAUAAUUCAUGAGAUAUUGCCACUUUCCUGACAAAAUGUGACAUUUAAUAACUUGCCUUUGAAUCCGGUUCCUACAAAUUCACAUCCCUGUUUUCACCCUGAUAAUAUUUUUAUAACCUGGUUGGAGUUUUUGCAUUGUUAUCCCCAACUGAAAAUGGGAAACCAGCAUGAUCAUCCCAUGUUGGAAAAUAACGCAGAAUGCAUUUCAUCAUUUAAGUGGUACAAGCAGAUAACCGAACUCUAAUCAAAAUGGUAUUUACCAUAAUGUAAUUUUUCUUUGCACAGUCAAACUUUAAAUCCAACAGCUGCGCACGUGUGUGUGUGUGUGUAUAAAAUGUAUUGCAGAAUUAUAGAAAAGAUUUCAGAGAGGCAAAUUUCUAUUAUAGUUGCUUCAGCUCACCCUAGAAAUACAGAGGGAUUGCUGCCUGUGUAGGGAGAAAUCAUUUGGACAAAAUACUUCAAAUAUAAGUUCCAUGUGUCUGGGUGUCACAUUCUGUACAGCUUCCAAACUGUAGCUUAACAUAUAAUGCAAUCAAUUUACAACUUGAAAGAGAAAAGGCAGAUAGAGGAUGAUAGAAUCCUUUCAAUACAGAAAGGGAUUAAAGGAUCACUAGGGCCGGGGACACAAACAUGUAUUUCUGACCCUAUAGUGUUAAAACCACCACCUAGCCCCCCUGGACCCCUCAUGCCUCCAUAAAUAUAGCAAAAUCUUACUAUAUUCAAGCCUGAAGCUGUAACUCUGCAUACUGUCUGACUCAGAAUAACAAGCAGUCUGCUGACAUCAUCAGAAGUGGUAGCCUGAUCCAAUCACAGUGUUUCCCCAUAGGAUUGGCUGAGACUGACAAAGGGGCAGAUCAGGGGCAGAGCCAGCAUGAUUCAAACACAGCUCUGGCCAAUCAGCGUCUCCUCAUAGAGAUGAAUUGAAUCAAUGAAUCUCUAUGAGGAAAGUUCAGUCUCUGCAUGCAGAGGGAGGAGACACUGAAUGUUUAGAUGCAUUUUAGGCAGCCAUGACCCAGGAAGGAUCUCUAACAGGUAUCCGAGGAGUGGCCAGUGAAGUUAUCAUUAGGCUGUAAUGUAAACACUGCAUUUUCUCUGAAAAGACAGUGUUUACAGGAAAAAGCCUGAAGGUAAUGAUUCUACUCACCAGAACAAAUUCAAUAAGUUGUAGUUCUAUAGUGUCCCUUUAAAUGAAAGUGAUGGAGAAAGUGUACUCAUUAAAAAGAGAUACUAGUGCAAAGGAGUGUAAUUUGAACUUCAAAUAGAUAGACUAUGGUAAUGUGUGAAAAUAGCCUUGUCUGUGCACACUAAUAUGUGCACCUUGCUUGGCGACACAGGAAUCCACCUUUAUUAUUGGGUAAUAAGCAAAUAUAUGGACACAAUCCUUGACUCAGUCAACCUUAGGAAGUUCCACAUUUAAUAAUUUCUUGAGGUUAUACUGACCUCUUCCUCAGGAGUGAUAAACCUGUUUCUAUUGGGUUUUACAGUGUUUAUUUGUUGUUAUUCUCGCACUGCCAAAAGUAAUGAUUUUUAUCCUUUGUGUUUGAAGGGACACUCCAUGCAGCUAAACAAGUUAAGCUUAAAUGAAAGCUAAUAAGCUCAAAAAACAUGUGGUUGGUUUAUUUUCUUUCAGAGCUGUGUAGUUUUCCUGGACUGCUGUAAAAUGUUUUACUGUUUUCAGCAGUGUAACUUUGCCUCAUUAGCCACCCCUCUCUCAAAUUUCCGCAUGCCCCUGAUUCUCAGUCUCUGAAAGAAACGUACAUUUUGCAGCCAAUGAAAAUAGAGGCAUGUCUUAUCUAGUGUAAGGAAUGCUCACCUCACAGACUGCACUGCAGCUAGAGCCCAUUUGUGCUUCUCUCCCUCCCUCCCCAUAAUGCAAGUAAUAAAUUAUUCUUCAGCCCCUGCCAGCCAACCUUCCUACCCACAGUUAACCCCUUCCCUGCUAGUCAGCCAACCUCCCUACACACUGUUAACCGCCUCCCCUGCGAGUCCCAGUCAGCCAACUUGCCUACCCACUGUUAACCCCCAUCCCUGCCAUUGAUGCACAGUAUGGCUGAAAUACAGGAAGCAGGGAGAUAUGACAUUAAAUCAGAGGAGGGGCAGAGAAUCUGAUGAAAGUAAAUAUUAAAAUCGGUACUUCUGAAGCUCAUUUUCACACUAUGUACGGGGAAAAAGCAUUAAGUUACACUAGGUUUCCUUUAAAUGACUACACAAAGAAAGCUCAGAAUGUCUCUCUCUCAUCUUUCUAUACAUCUAUAUAUAUUCUGAGCUUUGUUUGUGUAGCCGUUUAAGCAUAAAAAUCAUUACAUUGAACAUUAUAUAUACGUUGAAGUAGCCAGGAAUGAUGGUGCAGAGUGGUGACUGGAGCAUUCCUAAUGUGCACCUCCCAGGAAAAGGUAGGAAUUUAAGAGAAGAUAUACCGUUUAUACAUAUGGUUUUCUUUGUUUCUGAGAUUUGCGCUAUAAUCUCCUCUCUACUUGCAUUUUAUGAGCUACAGUCACGAUUAGGAAUGAAUACUAGUGAUGUUACUCUAUUAUGAUAUGUAUAUUGGCUUUAUCUGGUCUAUCACCUAUUUUCUGUAUAUACUUUGCAGUGGAUAGUUGGUGCAGCUACUAUUGCCGUUGUUUUUAAAAGUGUUGAACAAUGAGUAAUAUGAUUUUGUAAAUGUCCAUUUGGUGCAGGAAUUUGCUCUUGUGAAAGCUCAUCCGUACUCUGUCUUCUUCUCUUUCUCCACCUCUCACUAAAAUUCUCAAUCUCUCUCUCCCCUCUGGCAUAUUUCCAUCGCCCUUCAAACAUGCAACUGUAACCCCAAUUCUAAAGAAGCCCAAUCUUGACCCUAACUCCCCAUCCAACUAUCGUCCUAUCUCGCUACUGCCUUUUGCAUCCAAGAUCCUUGAAAGAAUUGUGUAUGCGAGAUUGACAGACUUCCUCGAGUCCAACUUUCUGCCAGACCCGCUUCCGUCUGGUUUCCGCGCUAAGCACUCUGUGGAAACGGCACUGACCAAAGUAUCCAAUGAUCUUCUUGCUGCAAAAUCUUGUGGUCACUACUCUAUCCUAAUUCUCCUUGACCUGUCUGCGGCUUUUGACACUGUUGAUCACCAACAGCUUCUUCUCAUCCUCCGCAAUAUCGGUCUACAAGACCUCCUACCUCUCCCAGCGCUCUUUCAGUGUUUAUUUCUCUGGCUCUGCUUCUUCUACCCAACUCCUCUCUGUUGGUGUCCCCCAAGGUUCAGUACUUGGUCCCCUACUGUUCUCCAUCUACACUGCCUCCCUUGGUAAACGUAUUAGUUCCUUUGGCUUCCAAUAUCAUUUCUAUGCAGAUGACACGCAAAUCUACCUGUCCUCUCCUGAUCUCUCCCCGUCCCUCUUAACUAGUGUAUCCAACUGCCUCUCUGCUAUUUCUAACUGGAUAGCUGCCCACUUCCUUAAACUAAACUUGACCAAAACUGAAAUUCUGGUCCUUCCUCCCUCAAGUGUUGUUACUCCUGUGUCUCCCUCCAUCCAAGUCAACGGUGCUACCAUCAGCUCCACCACGCAGGCUCGCUGCCUAGGUGUUCUCUUUGACUCCGACCUCUCCUUCAAGUCUCAUGUUAAAUCUAUCGCCAAAUCCUGUCAUUUCCAUCUCAAAAACAUUGCGUGCAUCCGCCCCUACUUAACGCCAGAUGCGACUAAGGUGUUGGUCCAUUCCACUGUCCUUUCUCGCCUUCACUACUGUAAUCCGCUUCUCAGUUGUCUUACGUGCUCCCAACUUGCACCAUUACAGUCCAUUAUGAAUGCGGCGGCGAGGCUCAUCUUCCUGUCCGCCCGUACCUCCCAUGCCUCACCCUUCCGUCAGUUGCUCCAUUGGCUUCCUAUAAAAUAGAGAGCUCAAUUUAAAAUUCUGCUUCGUGCUUUCAGAUCUCUACAUAAUGCUGCUCCCACCUAUCUAUCCUCCCUUAUACACAAGUAUGUCCCUUCAAGGCCCUUACGAUCUGCUGGAGUCUUACGUCUAUCUUCUGUCCGUACUCCCACGCUCGCCUUCAAGAUUUCUCGAGGGCUGCACCGUUCCUGUGGAACUCCACUCCUUCAAAAAAUCAUUAAAAACCCACUUCUUCAUAAAAGCGUAUCAAUUAAACUGUUAAUAGCUCCUGACUGAUUCCUCUUCUGCAGCUGUCACUAGUCUAAUACUAUCCUUACCUUUUUGUGUCAUUUUACCCCACUCCCUCUAGCAUGUAAGCUCAUUGAGCAGGGCCCUCUGUUCCUGUGUGUCCAACUUGUCUGGUUACAACUACAUGUCUGUUCGUCCACCCAUUGUAAAGUGCUGCGGAAUUUGAUGGCGCUAUAUAAAUAUCAUAAUAAUAAUAAUAAAGCACAAGCAGAAUAAAAAGCCAUUAAAGGGAAACAAUUACCUUAUUUUUAAUGUAUUACUAUGAUAAUGAAAAGAUUAAAAUAGAUACUGUCACAGUCAUCACUACUCUACUACUAGCGUACCUGCGACUUGCUUCAGUGGGUGAAAGGUUUAAAAAUCAAUAUUUGUUGACACUAGAUCCAAAAUAAUGAUAGAAAAUACCACCCAUGCUUCUCUCUAGUAUCAAAACUGGCACUGCCUUGGGUAACCCCACCAAAGUGAGAUUUAAAGCCUCACAAAAUACAAUUUAGAAAAAUAGGUAUGCAAUCAAAAAGAGGACACAUUAUUCACACAUAAAGAACUUCAGCAAACUAAAGUGUGUUAGGUGCGUGGAGUGUUCCUUUAAGAUACGCUGGUCCUGUUUUGAUUUUGUGUCUAGGGAAUACCCUCAGCAUUCAGAAUAUGUAUAACAGGAGGCAUGAUUAUUUAUCUCUGCAUUAAUAUUAAUUUUAUUUGGAUAUGACUCUUAGCAGAGGAAUUGUCUCCUGACUGUAAUUGUUAGUGCUCAUGUCAAAAGGGCCCAUGGUUUGCCGAGGAGAGCUACAAAAGGUGUGCACCUACCUUGGGUGCAAGGUCUCACACCUGGCCAGAAAAAUGCAGGAGGGAACUCCAUCAACCCAUUUCCUAUGACCAGGAAAAUUGUACAUUUUACUGUAGCAGGCAAAUUUACCAUUCCAGUGGUGUAAUGAGUCAUACCACUCCUAUUAGGUAACUAUUUCAUGUAUUCAUUACACCCAUCACAUUUAGUAACAAUAUUUCUAUAGUGCAUCAAUUAAUCACUCACGGUGUAUGACACUUGAAAGUUCCCAAGUUCCCUGCCUGAAGAACAUCUCAGAAGCCUCAUGUUGGUUCGACGGAGUCUGUUCUUAUUUCAUAAACCUAUGUCCAUCAGCGUUAUUGGAUAGGCAGUAGAAAGGUUCCACUUAUCGCUGAGAAUGACAAGAACGUCUCUGUGAACUGCUAUCCAGUUCACUAUUUAGUGAACAGUGCUAUGUACACUGAUCAUCUGUCCCUGUUGUACAUGUGUCCUGUGAACUCUACACAACUUUGAAAAACUGACCUUCCUAACAAGAAGACUACUGUCUUAUUGACAGUUGGGAGGUGGAGCUAUAUGCUCUGCAUCAAAGGCUAUUAUCUCAGAAGUUAAUGAGCCUUGAGAAUCGACCGUAUGAAAACAGAAGUUUUGUCCCCUAUGAAGCUGCAGUAGUUUGAGUACUUCAAGUAAUCCUUCAAAUUUGACUCUUCCUCAAUAUUGGAAAAGCAAAACAGACAAAGGACACAUAGCUCUUAUAUUAAUGUCCGACAUCACAUUUAGAGGUAUAUUCAGUAAACCAGGAUUCAUGGAGAAUGUAAAAUUGAAUAACACAUCUCAAGUAUGCGUGUUCUUGUUUUCAUUUUACAAAAAGUGCAGAAUUCAAUAGAAAUUGCCACUUUUAUAAAUGAACCUGGUUACACCCCUGCCUGUCAAUCCGGUAACCGGUCCUGUUACUUCAUUAGAGCUAAAUUCAAAAGGAAGGCAAUUGCACAGAGCACCUGCCUUGCAAAGACUUCUCAUUGAGAAGCAUUGGGACGUCUGUGAUUGGACAGCCACAGAAAGUCUGGGCGGAGUUAGAAGGGGAGAGCUUUCAAAGGCUGCACACUGCAGAUCUGCAGCUUUUGCAAGCUGUCUUUAGAUACAACCCAAAUGAAAUAUGUAUAAUUAAAAGUCGUGCAGUAUCCCUUUAAGCCAAAAUGAUCAGUGUCUCUUUAAGCCAAAAUGUUGUCAUUUAACAGUCCAUCUAUGUUUGUUUAAAAUUUUCAGUUCCUUUGUUAAUGCUCCAUUGUUCUUGGUAUCAACCCCUUAUGGCAGGCUGACAAUGAUUCAUGCACUAUUGUUAUCAGUUUUACACUGCUCAAUCUCCAGCAUCACAGUAUAUAGUAGUUAUCGGUCAAGCUUUUAAACUCUCCUUUCCUAGACAUGACUUGAAGUUAAAUGAAUGAACAUUUGUGAUAAAUUCACUCCUAUUUUGAUUUAACGUCUCAGCACUCGUUCUCUGUUUAAAAAUUCCCAGGAUGCAGAAUUCUAAUGGUUUCACACAAACACACAAAAAAGCCUGUUUCAUUACUCUGAAAAAAAAAAAAAAAAAAAAGCAGCUCGACUUUACAUGGCAAAGGGCAAUUAGACACAGUCAAAUAUUGCCCAGGUUAAAGACUAUUUAUUUUCCCACAUCUGUCACAAUGUAAUCUAUUUUUUCCUUGCCUAUUUAAACAAUAAUUCAUUGUUCUAAGCAGUCUGCUUUUUGCUAUAUUUAAGAAUUAAAUUUGCUUUGGUAAUGAACUGAGAAGUUAAUAAUCAUUUUGCAUUGCAAAAAAAGGCAAUUACAGGCUGUCAAGAUGUUUAGUGUCAGAGUUCAUCUGAGUACUGCAGAUGUCUUAGAAGAACAUUUGGUAGGUGAAAGGGUGAAUUUUAAUUAGAACUAAAAAGAGGUUUUGCUACAGACAUCAUUUAGUCACGAAGACAAAGAAAGCACUUUCCCCUCCCCGAUUAUCAAUUGCAUGGGAUAUUCUCUGCUGGUGAAUGCCAGUCUUUUAACGCGCUUUAGAGGAAAAUCUUGUUAGCCAUAGUAAGAAACCUAGCUUAUCUGUGAAAUUCUCUGUGUUAGAGGAAAGACGUUUAUUUAUUUUUUAUUUUAUGAAAAUUAUUUUCCGUUUCUGCUCAUAUUGCACUCCCGUGGUAGUUAUGUUACAACCCCUUCCCAUAUUCUAAAUGAAGGUAUAUUGAGCAUCCCUAGAAGUACAGACAUGUAGUCUACAACAAAGUUAAAUGACCAAACAGAAUGAUUUCUGCAACGGUACUGAAAUGGCUACUUUCUAAAUUCGUUCCAUUGUUGUGUGGGUUUUAUUGUCUUUAAACUACACCGGUGUGUGAGAUUUUCACAUUUUUUUUCCCCUCAUUUGCAGAUGACCUCACCCAGCAUGUCCGAGUGAAACACAUAGAAGCAGCCAAUGGAAAACCGCCAUUGCUUCAACUCUGUGAAUUUUGUGGCCAGGCUGUGAAACAUUACAAGAGCCACAAAAUAUUUUGCAGGUACCUCUAGACGCCUGAUUUUCCAUGGUUUCUUUUAUGUAGAAAAGAAAGCAAGAAAGCUAGAAUCAUUUUUUUUAAAAUGUAAAACAAAUAUUGAUUCUGGACCUCUAAAUGUCUUUUGUGUUGAUUUGGUAUCUGAAAGGGUUACAAGAAGGAACAUAACAACUUAUGCUCGAAGAAUGUUCAUUUAAGUUUGCAAGGUUCUACUCAAUGAGAACACAAAAAGAUGACCAUCAGCACUAAUAGCUUGCAAUUCCUAUAAUUUUCUGUGAGCCUACAAUAGUGAGGAAGAUUGUUGUUUGGAAACCACUGAUGGACUUAUUGCAUAUGUGAGUGGAUAGGUAAUGGCUUCCUCUUGAGUUUAGUUACACUGAGCUAACCAAACACGAAGUAACAAGACCAAUUGACACUUUUAUAAAAUAACCUGGUUACACCCCCUGGCUGUCAAUCAGUCAACUGGUCCUGUUACUUACUGGUUUGGGUAGCUCAGUGGAGCUAAACUCAAGAAGCAGACAAUUGUUCGUUCAAAACACCUGGCUUGCCAAAACCUCUCAUUGAGCUGGGAAGUCUGAUUGCACAGCCGCAUAAAGUCUGGACUUGGUUAGAAGGGGUGGGCUUGGAAAGGCGUCAGAGAAGGGAAAUGCAACUUGCAAACUGUAUUUAAAUAUACCUCCAAUGAAAAAAAAAAAAUGCAUAAUUAAAGGGACACUAAAGUCACCAAAACCACUUUAGCUUAAUAAAGCAGUGUUGGUGUACAGAUCACGCCCCUUCAGUCUCACUGCUCAAUUCUCUGCCAUUUAAGAGUAAAAUCACUUUGUUCUUAAACACUUCCUCUAAAGAGUUAUCUAAUCUUUAUGCUUCUUUUUUAAUUCAGCUUAAUUUAGAAUUUCUUAUAACCAGCAUUGUUAAUACUUUGCUAUAACUUGCAGGAGUCUCCUCUGUGUGAAUGAAGUUUAAUUUACAGAGCAGGAAAUAAAAACGUUUAAAGUAAGUUAACAUUUGAAUGAAAAUGAAAACAUUUUAUUUUCAUGCUGGCUGUGUCAGUCACAGCCAGGGGAGGUGUGGCAAGGUCUGCAUAAACUGAAAGAAAAGUGCUUUAACUCCUAAAUGGCAGACAAUUAAGAAGUGAUCCUUCAGAUGCAUGACCUAUACACAAAAACUGCUUCAUGAAGCUAAAGUUGUUUUUGUGACUACUGUGUCCAUUUAAAUGUAUCCAUGUUUUCACUAGGGGUAUAUCUAGUAAAUACUGAUUUUUGUAGUUAAGCUGUGGACUGUCCAUUUGAAGUGGAGAAAGUAGCAGGAAAUCUGUAUCCACCAUAAAAAAAAAACAAUAGAAUAAAAUAUAGCAAAGGUUAACAUUUAUCUGAAUUGAUACCUUACGCUAAUCUUUAAACUUGAGUUAGAAACAAAUCACAAACGUUUGGAGAUGAUUAUUACAAUGGGCUCUGUCAAAAUGAAAUGCGUUAUUCAUUGAAAGUUUUGUUGAUGCAUAAAAAACAACAACAAACUGUUGCUUUGCAUUUACCCUGAGUUGCACUCUUAGAACUCAUUCCAUCCGAGUUCUUGCUGACCCUUGUAACUUAAGACCUCUUGGAGGAACCGAAGAAUAGUGAUAGCACCACUUCUCUUUUAAGUAGCAAAUUAUCUGGGUUACCCAGGACUUAGUGAGUAGUGCACUGAGUCAUAAAUAAACAAUUCCAAGGAUAUAGUUUUAAUAAGUAUAAGGCUAAAACAAUCAUUUAUAGAGAAAAUAAAGAUUCUCUGCAGAGAUUGCAGAUUAUUAACUUAUAAUAAAAUAAGUUUGAUGUACCAGUCUAUAAACUCAAACCUCCCUCCGUAUCGGACACUGUAAAUGGCAGUCUAUGCAUCAAAACAACUUUUAUGCAUUUUAUAGCUUUUGGCCUCUAAUUAGCUGUGUUUGUGCACGCUCACAUGUAUGUAGUUUUUUUGGGGGGAGGUGGAGGGAGAAUGCUCCCUGCCUACUCUGACCCACCUCCUCUAUUUUAAAAAUACUUCUAUGUGCUGAUUACCCGGGCUGUUGCUAGAGUCAACUUCCAGAAUGCUUUAGUAUCGAUGAUUUCAGCCAAUCCAAUGCUUUCCCAUAGAGACCAUCUAACGGGUGAAGCACAGUGAUUUGACGUGCAUGUGCACUAGCCUCCCAAUGCUUUCCUAUGAGACUAUCUGAUUGAAAUAGUUUCAUUCGGCUAUUUCUGCAGAAGAGCAUCUAUUGACUGUCAUUAUAACAGCCAUUAGAGUCAUUUAAACCAUGAAGAAUUGCCAUGUUUUCAGCUGCAAGGUUAAAUUGAGAGGGACAUGGCACCCAGACCACUUCAAUGAGAUUUUUAGCUUUGUUUCUACCCCUCUCCAUGAAACAAUCUCUAAUAAGUUGUACAUGCACCCUGUAUCCAAUGAGCUGCAGUGAUCUGGGUGCCUAUAUUGUUAUUUAUGUCUUUUUAUUAACCCCUUAAGACUGAAGGGCGUACUAUUACGCCAUAUUUUAGGCGGCUCUAAACGCCGCCGGGCGUAAUAGUACACCCUCCGGUUUAUUUCUUUACUUACCUGGUCGCCGGCGAUCCGACGCCGGCGAGCACGGUUGGGGGGACCCCCAGGGAGCCCCCCGCGGCACAUCCGACCUCCUGUAGCCCCCCCACAUGGCCGGGUUAGCUGGCUGUUGCAUUGCCAGCAGGGGAACUGACUGUAAUGACAGUUAGCCCCCCUGCUGGCCGAAUUCAAAUAAAAUUAAAAGUUAAUAAGUGUAAAAAAAUAAAUAAAUUAUAAUAUACUUAGAUCAUAUAUUACAUACACACACAUGCACUGUCUAGGUGUAUUUUACUAUUAAUAUAUAUAUAAUUAUUGUUAUAUAUUUAUAUACAAUAUAAAAAAAAAAUGUAAAUACGUUAAAAAAUAAAAUUAAAAAAAUAAUGAAAAAUAAAUAAUAAAAAAAUAGAUGUGUGUUAUUUCGUUCUAACUGUAUUGUGAUAUUAAUAUAUAUAUAUUUAUAUCAAAAUACACAGAACGAAAUAAUAUAUAUAUCUAUAUACAUAAAUAUAUACGUAUAUCAAUAUAUAUAUAAUAUAUAUUUAUGUAAUAUUUUUACAUAAUUAGGUAUCUUAAUUAAUUACAAUUAGCGGGACCUGCCUGACAACCCAUGCCGAAAGUGAAGGGAAUUUUAUUUGCUAGCACUAUAUUUAACCCUGUAACUUUCCAAGACACCAUAAAACCUGUACAUGGGGGGUACUGUUCUAUUCGGGAGACUUUGCUGAACACAAAUAUUAGUGUUUCAAAACAGUAAAAUGUAUUACAACGAUGAUAUCGCCAGAAAAAGUGACUUUUUUGCAUUUUUCACGCACAAACAGCACAUACACAGACGAUAUUAUUGCUGCGAUACUUUUUACUGUUUUGAAACACAAAUAUUUGUGUUCAGCGAAAUCUCCCGAGUACAACAGUACCCCUCAUGUACAGGUUUUAUGGUGUUUUCAAAAGUUACAGCAUCAAAUAUAAGGCUUGUGUUUAAUUUUUUUCACAUUAAAAUUCGCCAGGUAGCCCAAGAAUGAAAAUUACCCCUAUGAUGGCAUACCAUUUGCAAUAGUAGACAACCCAAGGUAUUGCAAACUGGGUAUGGCCAGUCUUUUUUAGUAGCCACUUAGUCACAAACACUGGCCAAAAUUGGCGUAUUUUGCAUUUUUCACACACAAACAAAUACUAACACUAACUUUGGCCAGUGUUUGUGACCAAAUGGCUACUAAAAAAAAAUGGACAUACCCCAUUUGCAAUACAUUGGGUUGUUUACUAUUGCAAAUGGUAUGCCAUUAUGGGUGUAAAUUUCAUUCCCGGGCUACUAUACAGUCUUAAAGGCAACAUAACCUAUCUGGUGAAUUUCAAUUUAAAAUGUAACGUGCUAUAUUUGACCCUGUAAAUUCCCAAAACGCCAUAAAACCUGUACAUAGGGGGUACUGUUUUACAUGUGAGACUUUGCUGAAUACAAAUAUGUGUAUUUUAUUGCAGUAAAAGCAAACAGUAUUAUGACAUUGACAGUUAAAAUGUCAUGUAGAACUAAAAAACUCAAAAAAAAUCUUUUCUCCCAUUUUUUUCAUAUUAAAUUAUGUCUCAUAGCUAAAUAUUUGAUAUUAAAUGAAAGCCCUGUUUCCCCUGAAUAAAAUGAUAUAUAAUAAGGGUGGGUGCAUUUACUAUGAAAGAGGUGAAUUACGGUUGGACAGGCAUGUAGCGCAAAUGCUAGGUUUUGUUUACAUUUUGUUUUGUUCACAACCUGUACAUUUGGCUCAGUCCUUAAGGGGUUAAACUGCUUGUCAUUACGGUCCAUUAGAAAUGGAAUCAAUUUCAGUCUGGUUUGUCUCUUUAUAACUAGUUAUUUACUGUCUAUCUGCACACAAAGAAUUCAUACAUAUUAAUAUUUUGACUUUUUUUUUUUUCCUUUCAAAUAGCGGAGUAAAGAAAUUUAAGUGUGACUUUUGUGUACAGUCAUUUCACCGUAUCUCUGAAUUAAAGAGGCACACAUGGACCCAUACUGGGGAACUACCAUAUCGGUGUAAAGUGAGUACCAACAAUUUUCUAAAAACAUGAACUUGAAACAUUUAAAAUGGUUAUUGCCAAUUCAAUUGCAUUUUAACUUGUAUAAUUUAUAACCUUUUUAUUGAUUUGUUUUAUUUAAUUUUUCCCAUAGAUCUGUGGUAAAGGCUGCAGACACCCCAGUAACAUGAAGAAACACAUUCGUACUGUGCAUAAAGCAGACAUGCGUGUGCAGAUCAACCGUGAACAUGCGUCUCCAAGAUUCUGCAAGAACAGGAGGAAUCCUGCAAAAUAUCCUGGACAGAUUCUGCAGCAGCCAUUGCCUAGCAACCACUCCAUGAUGCAGUCAAUCCCUGUUGCUGCUACUGAACCAGUUAUUCAGACUGACUCAUCUGUGUCUCCUGUGUCUAUGGCCUACCUAUCCAUGACUACCACUGCUGAUCAUUCAACCAAUGAUUUUGCCUCAUAUGAAUCUCAGAACACUUCCCCUGAGAUAAACAGGCCCCUGUAACACGGAGUUUAGUUUUUAUUAUUCAAUUUUUCACAUAUGAUGUAUUUAAACAAUAUUUAAAAUGUCUGAACCUACUGGUACAAUUGGUUACUCCCUUUGGAACUUUCAGCACAAAGAUUAUUGUGGCAAAUAAUUACAAUGACAGGUUUUGGGUGUGUUUCCAAUUCGUUUUGAGAAUCUCAAGAUAUAAAAUCGUGUAUUUUUCUUCGAAAAUGUAAAAUGUAAUUAUAAUUAACUGUUUUAAAAAGCAAAGAGCCAAAGAGGUUUGAACUGAAGGUGGGUUUACUGAGAAAACCAGCACAGAAAUUUUCAGUCGUUGUUUGCUCUUGUGUUCCUUGUAGACUUCAUUGCCAAGUUCAAAAACUGUAAACAGUAUUUCGUAAAAUGAGUCCACUACUACACCCAUUUUUUUAAGGCACCUUUUCUGUGAAUGUAUGUACUUGUGGAAUAUCAGACUAUUGCCAAUUUAUUUUGUGAAAGAUAUUGUAUGGUGCUACAUGCAAAACAAAAGUUACAUUUGUAUGCUUUGUAGAAGUUUCUGUUUUCAGUGGGUUGCAAAAUUUCAACCAAAACUGUUGUAUGCCCCCUCCUCCCCCCCUCCCUUCCUGUCAUUGUGACAACAUUACGCGUUUUUAAUUGUUGGCAGCUCUUCACACAAAGCUCAUUGGGUAGUUUAGAAACCUUUUUGGUCCAGAUCACUUUUGCACUAAUCUUCCAUUAUUCAAUAAUACUGAAAUGUUUGAAAUUAUAGUAAUAUAUAAUAUAAUAUAGGCCAUAUCAAUUACAUGCUGCUAUGCAGAAAAUUAACACAGUUGUCUAGAGAGAUUAUUUCACUUGGUAAAUAUGUUUUUAAAUGUGAGGGAAAAAAGGGACUAGAAGGUGGUGGGUUAGACCCACCCCCUAAUAGACCUAGUAUCCUUGAAGGGAGGGUAGCUCUUAGAGUAACUGGACAAGUGCCUAAUUAUAGAGCAAAAAAAGAGAGAACUAUUUAAACUUUAAUGGUCCCUCAUAAGGAACAAAAAUAAAAGUGAAAAAAAUGUGUACUAACUAAAUAGAUAAUAAAUAACAAGACUUAAAAAGAG